GUUUGACUGUAGCUCAUUUGAAUCUCAUCACACGAUCGACCGCGAAGCAAAUUUGUGCAAAUCUACAAUCACUCACAAUGGCAGAGCACGUCGAUACUGGUAAUGCUGACCUGGACAAAGCUAUAAAACAAUGGUUGGAAUGGGAUAAAAAUAUGGCAACCAGACAGGAAGUCACUGAACUUUUGAAUGACCACAACGUCGCAGAGUUGCAAGAGAGGUUUGGGACAAGAAUCCAGUUUGGAACUGCCGGUCUGAGAGCUGCAAUGGAAGCUGGUACAGCAAGAAUAAAUGACCUUAUAAUCAUUCAAACAGCACAGGGUCUCCUAAGAUAUUUAGAAUCUGUCAAUCCAGAAUGUAAAUCACAAGGAAUCAUUAUUGGAUAUGAUGCAAGAUACUCAAGUCAAAGGUAUGCUCACUUAACUGCUGCUAUUAUGCUACGAGCAGGAAUACCUGUCUACCUCUUCUCAGAUAUAGUGCCAACGCCUUUUGUGCCAUAUGCAAUUCGGAAGUAUGGGUGUGCUGUUGGUGUCAUGGUUACGCCCUCCCACAAUCCUAAAGGAGACAAUGGGUACAAGGUAUACUGGAACAAUAGUGCUCAGAUCAUCAGCCCUAUUGAUAAAGGAAUUGCUAAAAACAUUGAAGAGAACUUGGAGCCAUGGUCAGACUCUUGGGAUACAUCCAUCUUAACGAGAAGUAAACUAUUGACUGAUCCUUCUGAUGAUGUUCUAGAUAGUUAUAUCCAAGACCUACAACAAAAAUGUCUACAUAGAGAAAUAAAUGAGAAGACUCCAUUGAAGUUUACAUACUCAGCCAUGCAUGGUGUAGGUACUAAAUUCAUAUGUGCUGCAACUCAAUCUUUUGGAUUUCAACCACUGAUUAUGGUGAAAGAACAGGUUGAACCAGACCCUGAAUUCCCCACCGUCAAGUAUCCGAACCCUGAAGAGGGAAAGAGCGCCCUUGAUCUCUCCAUGAGUACAGCCGAAGCCAACGGUAGCUCCAUCAUCAUCGCUAAUGACCCUGAUGCUGACAGGCUGGCGGUAGCUGAGAAGCAGAGAGAUGGACAGUGGAAGAUAUUCACUGGGAAUGAGCUUGGUGCACUCUUAGGUUGGUGGUGCUACUCGUGUGCUAAACAACAGAAUGGAGUUGAAUCAACAGAUAGCGAUAUGUACAUGCUUGCCAGCACAGUCUCAUCUAAGUUACUGCAAAAAAUGGCAGAAUAUGAGGGCUUUCACUUUGUGGAAACACUGACGGGUUUCAAAUGGAUGGGAAACAAAGCUGUUGAUCUGAUCAAAGAAGGAAAGAAUGUUAUCUUUGCUUUUGAAGAAGCAAUAGGGUUUAUGUGUGGGACUAUGGUAAUGGACAAGGAUGGCAUCAGUGCUGGGACGUUAGCUUGUGAAAUGGCUGCAUAUCUCAAGUCAAUCAACCUUACAUGCACAGAAAAACUGGAAGAAAUCUAUACAAAGUAUGGUUACCAUGUGUCAAAGAAUUCUUACUACAUCUGUCUCCAACCUGCAACAAUAAAGGCCAUGUUUGAUAGGAUACGAACAUUGCAUCAAGGAUCAUAUCCAGAUUCAAUAGGUAAUAGUAAGGUUACAUCAGUAAGAGAUCUAACGACAGGAUAUGAUAGUUCUCAACCAGACAAACAAGCUAUCCUCCCCGUAAGUAAGUCAAGUCAGAUGAUCACAUUCACAUUUGACAAUGGUGUCACAGCUACUCUUAGAACCAGUGGGACUGAACCAAAGGUCAAAUACUAUACUGAAAUAUGUGCAGAUGUUAAACAGAGAAGUAAGGAAGAGAUUUCUGAUGAGCUGAGCAAGUUUGUUGACAUCUUAGUGGAGGAAUUACUUCAGCCUGAGUUGAACAAAUUAAUUCCCAAAGGCGAUUGAGGGCACCAUAUCCUUUGAAAAAUCCACGAUGAAAGUAGACACCAUCGGCUACCAACCAUUUUAUUGCAGAUGCAUCAUCAAUUGUAUUCAAGUUAUUAAUCAAUGGGGAAUUAAUCAUCAGUAUUGUUGAUAUCUUGAAGAGGUCACUCUAAAAA